UUACCCCGAGUACAGGCGACCCGACAACGGUCGUACCGUCGAAGUGCGGCGGGCCACCCUGGACAGUCAGUGGGUGGUGCCUUACAAUCCCUAUCUGACGGCCAAGUACAACGCUCACAUCAACGUGGAGGUGUGCUCUUCGGUGAAGAGCGUCAUGUAUCUGUACAAGUACGUGUACAAGGGCCACGACGCCGCCACGUUCGCGGUGUUGAACAACAACGAAAUACAGAGCUAUUUGAACACGAGAUACGUGAGUCCGCCGGAGGCGUUUUGGCGAUUGGCCAAGUACGAAAUUCAAAAGCAAAGUCACGCCGUCGUAAAACUGCCGGUUCACCUCGAGGGCCGGGAACCGGUAUAUUUCCGACGGGGCGAACUGCCGCCCGCGGUGCUCUUCGGCGCCGGGGUGCGCACGAUGCUCACGGAAUUCUUCCAGCUGAACAGGAACGACGCAGGAGCCAGGCGGUACCUGUAUCACGAAAUACCCAACAGCUACGUGUGGGACGGCAGGGAAAAGUCGUGGCGUGUGCGCCAACGCGCCCAGACGUAUCCGAACAUCGCGAGAAUGUACGCGGUCAGUCCUUGCGACAGGGAGCGUUUCUACCUGAGGACGUUGCUGCUGUACCGCAGGGGACCGAUCGGUUUCGAGGACCUGAGGACGGUCGACGGCACGGUGUACCCCACCUACGCCGAGGCCGCGACGGCUCUGGGCAUCUUGCGAGACGAUCGCGCGUGGAGGGCGUGUAUGCGAGAAGCUUCCGUCCACGACACGCCGCAUCAGUUGAGAUGUCUGUUCGUCACGAUACUCCUGCAUUGCUCGCCCAACGACCCGCCGAGACUGACAAUCUGAUGGAAGAUUACUUCAGACGACGCGCAGACCGCGACACAUCCGAAGCCAUGUGUUUGGCCGCCGUGGAACGUCACCUGGCCGCUUCGAACAAGACGCUCGCGGGUUACGGUUUACCCGAGCCCGAUCGCGCUCUGUUAGUACCGGACGCCGCGCCAGCCGACAACGCGACGGCGGCGGCAGACGUCGCCGAGUUGGUCGGUCGACUGAACGAACAACAGCGGACGAUAUACGAUCGCGUCAUGCGGGCGGUCGGCGACACCAGGCGUCGAUUUCCCAAGUUGUUCUACGUUUCCGGAGCCGGAGGUUGCGGCAAGACCUUACUGUACAACUGUUUGAUUUCGGCCAUCCGGAGCCGCGGAGGGACCGUGAUUUCCAUGGCCUAUACCGGGAUAGCCGCGUCGUUGAUCCAGGGCGGACAGACCGUUCACUCUACGUUCGGCGUGAGGGUGGCGCCGCACGAUCAAGAAGACCCGUCGUAUCUGGCGAUGCAAUCGAGGAAAGCGCAGGCUCUGCGCGCCGCCUCGCUGAUCGUUUGGGACGAGGCGUCCAUGUCGCCCACGUCGCAGCUGCGGGUCGCCGACAGGUUGCUCAGGGACGUCAUGAACGUGCCGGACACGCCUUUCGGCGGCAAACCCGUGCUGUUCGCCGGCGACUUCAGACAGACGUUGCCCAUCGUGAAGCGCGGUUCGCGGGCCCAAUUCGUUUCGGCCACCAUACGACACGGUGUUUAUUGGGUCUCGAUGGAAAAAUACUCGCUGCAGCGCAACAUUCGCGCCGACGGCGACCGGCCCUUCGCCGAUUGGCUGUUGCGGCUCGGCGCGGGCUCGCUCAACGACGGACUGGAACGCGUGACCCUUCCGGCCGGUGCGGUAAGCGAAUCUUUUGCGUCUCUAUUGGACUUUGUUUACCCGCGGGCGAUGUCGUUGAACAACGUCCGCGAUUACGCUAAACAUAUUGUUUUGUGUGUUACAAACGACGAGUGCAAGAACAUCAACGAUCAGGUGCUCCGCAGUCGAGUGACGGGAUCGCAGAGGAUGUACACCGUCGUAGCCGACGACGACGACGAGGCGGCCAAUUUUCCCGUAGAGUUUCUCAACACUCUGGAAGCGGACAACUUGCCGCCGUACAGGUUGACUCUGAAGGUGGGCGCGAUCGUCAUGUUGCUGAANAUGGACGCGAUCGUCAUGUUGCUAAAGAACCUGGACACGACCAGACGGCUGUGCAACGGUACCAGACUGGUAAUCACCGAGCUCAGGCAACAUAAUUUUAAAGCUAGACUGUUGACAGAUCUCGACACCGAGGAGACGGUCGUUCCGAUCGUUCAGACGAGGACGUCCGGGGACGGCGACAUUCCGUGCCGCAUGUGCCGUUACUAGUUUCCCGUGAGGCUCUGCUACGCCAUGACCGUCAACAAGUCGCAGGGGCAGACGUUCGAUCGCGUCGGCCUGUCGCUGACGGUACAGCCGUUCGCCCACGGACAGCUGUACGUGGCCUUUUCGAAGGUGCGCAACCAGAAUUCCAUCAGGGUGUACACUUUGUCGGGCGUGGACGGACCGUGCGUUGUGAAAAACGUCGUGUACAGGGAAGUAUUAGAAUGAUUUUGACAUAAAUCGUGUUUGAUGGCGACAUUGAACACCAUCCCGCGGUACAGCGGGUAAUCGAGUGUUUUGAAUGGAUUAAGUGGUGUAAUCCGGGCAAAAUGCUCGAUUUUGACGGGCGUGACUUGUGUGUUUAUGCGAAUAUUCUGCCUGUGUCCCCGUGUGUCCCUCGAAACGGCUAUUUUCCCGUGCUGUGCAUUUGCCAUUUGAACCCCGAAUGGCAUGUGUACGGGCGGAGAAAUUUCCGUUUUGUGCGGAGAGAUUGUAUGACAACCUUCACGUGGUUCUCUCUGAAUGCAAAUCCGUUAAAUGUUCGUGGCAUUAAAUAAAAUAUCACAAUAAGUGGAAUAUACAUUUUUAAAAUAUUUGCAUUACAACUCGAAAUGACAGUCACUUUUCUUCUUACGGAUUCGUAACUAAUGUCAUGCGUUAUAAUUAAAAUUUAUUUGCAUAUUAUAAUAUAUUUAUUUGUUCGAUUAACGUUCGAUUUCUUUUCCAGAACUCAAACGAAUUAACACAAAUAACUCGGAGGACAUUGGUACCACAACGAACGUUUCGACAAAGUAAUAUCAACUUAUGCGGGACCGACAUGAAAUUCCUGGAAAUUAUCAUACACGGCAACUUACUUUCUACGCUUCAUUAGAAAUUAUUAUCGACCAUUUGUGAUACAUAUUUUUGUAUUGUUUAACAUACGCAUACAUUAUCUAUUAUAUAUAUUUUCACUUAAAGAGUUCAAAUGUAAUAUAACAUUUUUUAAGACAAACA